UACAGAGUUCUCACAUUUUAACUCCACUUGAUAGCACAAGACAUUGACAUAGCUGGAGGCCCAGAAGGACUUGCCAAGGUCAACAAACAGCAAAGGGGGAAAUUUUUAUGGAAAACAUACCAGGACUGACAUCAUAACGCAAAACCAAACACAAGACCUCAAUAAAAUUUAAAAGAAAACAGACAGAGCUGUUCUGCACUUGUACUUUUUUCUUUCUUGAGUGGCACAAACGCAGGGGUGGGUUAUUUUUUCCCCUCGCUUCUCCACAAAGUCCAAACUUCAGCUUUUGUGCCAAAAAAAAAAAAAAAACGCCUCCAAAGGAGCCGAUGUGAAGGCGGAACUCGCGCAUGCUUCUGUCGCGUGCGCACUUGUGAACGCGUAAACUGCGCACGAGCUGUUUUAGAAAACUCCCGGGCGAACAGCGCGAUCUAUGUGCACGUCUACGCGAGUGCGUGCGCUCACGGGACGACUCUUUACAGUACCUCCCGCAUCUACCUCUUGCCUUCGCCAAAUCCUCAUGAUUUGUGCCUCGUGAGGUGGCUGAAAGGAUGCGAGCUUUAAGGCUCUCUGCUGUUCACGAUCACCUGUAUACAAUAGCUGCAGGUGGAUUUCAUUUAUUUUGAUCGAUUCUCUGCUGGAUGAUGCUCCCAACGCAAGUGCACCUUCUUCUUGUCUUUACUCUCACCGGUCGCCUGUUGCGUGUGAUGGGCAGUCCUCUUGUGAUGGACCCAAACAGCAUUUGCAGGAGAAGUAAGCCUUCAGGAGGUGCAAACAAUGAACUGUGCCAAACCCAGCCUGAAAUAAUUCAAGAAGUUGCCAAAGGUGCACGGUUGGGCAUGCGCGAAUGCCAACACCAGUUCCGCCACCAUCGCUGGAACUGCACAGGUCAUGGCAAGAAUCUAGGCAAGAUCCUGCAACAAGAUAUUCGGGAGACAGCCUUCGUCAAUGGGAUCAUGGCUGCAGGUGUGUUGCAUGCGGUAACACGGGCCUGCAGCCAGGGCGACCUGCUACAGUGUGGCUGUGUGCCUAGCUCUUCUGGUGGCCUCAAUGAAAAGGCCAUGUUGAGUCCAAACCCUGCUCUCCAGGACCAGCACUGGGAAUGGGGAGGUUGUGGGGAUGAUGUGGACUUUGGCUACAAGAUUUCCCGGCAGUUUCUGGACACCAGGAAACGGAAGGGCAUAAGCGACAUCAGAAGCCUGAUCGAUCUACACAACAACGAGGCAGGCAGACUGGCUGUAAAGACCAAUAUGCGAACCGAAUGUAAAUGUCACGGCCUCUCUGGCUCCUGCACGCUCCGCAGCUGCUGGAGGAAGUUGCCUCUGUUCCGCCAGGUUGGAAAUCAUCUCAUGCAGAGCUUCCAAAUGGCAGUUCGUGUGAUGGGUGCCAACGAUGGCAAAUCCCUCGUCCCUCUGGAUGGGGAUGUCCCGCCCCUGGGUGCCCACAGUCUCAUCUAUUCAGAUGAAUCUCCGGAUUUCUGCAUUGCAAAUCGCAGGACAGGAUCUGAGGGGACACGUGGUCGGGUGUGUAAUGGUACGGGGACAGCACCUGGAGCCUGUGAUUGGUUGUGCUGCAAUAAAGGACAUACGGAACACACUCUGGAGUAUGAGGAGAACUGUCACUGUCAGUUUCAGUACUGUUGUGUGGUGCAAUGUGAACGGUGUGCUGUGAGAAAAGAGGUCAGCAUCUGCCUUUAGACUGAGCAACUGUAGUUUCUCUGUCCCAUAGACUAAACACAGGCAGUCAUUCGGAAACAUGAGGUUCCCAACGUGUUUUCAUCGAUUUAGUAUUUCUUAAAAUCUCCAAAUGAUGACUAAUCAUAUCAGUAAAACAAACAUAGAUGUAGACACAGGGGACAUAACCAAACCCUGAGCAAUGGUCAAGCCCAAAUCUGUUUUCUUUUCCUGCAGUAAUUUGGGAUGAAUGUGUUUUGCUAAGGUUUCCUAAGGAAAUCCCAGAUCUGCCUAAAUUAUGCAGGCCAAAAGAAUCUCUUUCCAAAAACCAACUGUAUGCAUUUUAUUUAAUCUCUGUCUUUUAGUCUGUAUUGGAAAUGCUUUAUGUUUAUAUUUUUUUAAAUAAGAAAUAGAUGAUAUUCCUUAUGUAUGAAUGAUGUAAGGCUCAUUGUGUGUAGUCUUGGUUUCAUGACAUCCAAUAAAUUAAAACACGAGCAAACCUCAAUG